AUAGUUUUUAACAGUUUGUGGAUAUAAUUUGUUAUAAUUCAGGGUUCACCAUUACUACUGCUACACCAACAACAACAACAGCAACAACAACAACAACAACAACAACAACUACUACUACUAUCUGAUAACCGUUUAUCAUACCUACUACACUGCUAAAUAAUUAAAUAACUCCUAAAAGUGUCUCUAUUAUCUGGAAAUUUACUCCAAUCGUAUAACAAUCCAAUUAACAACCAGAUGAUCACAAGCAAUCAAAAGCGUUAGAAUAUCCAUUCAGUAGUAAACAAAUAUACAGUACAGAAUAAAUAUUACCUAAAGCUUUCAUUAUUAUUUCGGUGUGAAUUACUAAAUAAAUUAACUGUUGAUAAUAACUAUAUGGAAGAUCCAAGUAAAUCAUUCAAAUCAGAAGAUAAUUUGGGCAAUCUGGCUUCAUGGAGUACAAUAACACAAACAACAUCACAAACAACAACAAAACGUGAUCGAUGGAAAGGAAAAAUUGAUUUUCUCAUAGCAUGUAUGGGAUUUUCUAUUGGUUUGGGUAAUGUGUGGAGAUUUCCCUACUUGUGCUAUAAAAAUGGUGGAGGAGCCUUUCUUCUACCUUACUUCGUCAGUGUGAUCGUUGCGGGUGUACCAUUAUUUCUUCUUGAAGUUGCUUUGGGUCAGUUUAUGUCUAAAGGAGCUAUUGCAGCCUGGGAUAUUUGUCCACUUUUUAGAGGUAUUGGAUGUGCUAGCACUAUGAUAAACUUUUUGGUGAACAGUUAUUACACAGUGAUUCUGGGUUGGGCAUUUCAUUUUAUUUUCGCUUCAUUCAGUAAAGAGCUUCCGUGGGCUAAAUGUGGACAUUCCUGGAAUACUAACUCAUGUAUUGAUGCUGUAGUGAGAACAAAUUUAAGCAAUUCAACAUCACUUCUCCGUCAACAUAUAUUUGGAGCUGAUCCUGCUUCAGAGUACUGGGAAAAUCGUGUCUUACGAAUAUCAAAUGGUAUUGAUAAUUUAGGAACAAUUCAAUGGGAUUUAGCAUUAUGCCUUUUAUUAGCUUGGACAAUAAUAUUUUUAGCAAUAUGUAGAGGAAUAAAAACAUCUGGAAAAAUUAUGUAUAUAACUGCAACUACACCAUAUAUAUUCAUGAUUAUAUUACUUGUAAGAACAGCUCAGUUAGAAGGAGCAUUAAAUGGUAUAACGUAUUAUUUAAAACCAGACUGGGAUAAAUUAACAGAUAUGACAGUUUGGUCAGAUGCUGGAACUCAAAUCUUUUUUAGUUAUGCUAUUGGUUUAGGAGCUUUAUCUGCAUUGGGAAGUUAUAAUCGUUAUCAUCAUAAUUCAGUUAGAGAUUGUCUUUUAUUUGCUGGUGCAAAUACAUUUACAAGUUUAUUGGCUGGUUUUGUUAUAUUUGCAACACUUGGCAAUAUGUCUUAUAUAUCCAAUGUCCCAAUACAUUUAAUUGCAGAAUCAGGACCAGGUUUAGCAUUUAUUAUUUAUCCAAAAGCAUUAGGAACAUUGCCUGGUAGUCCUAUUUGGUCAUUUUGUUUUUUUAUUAUGAUUAUACUAUUGGGAAUUGAUAGUAUGUUUGGUGGAGUUGAAGGUUUUGUUGCUGCAAUCUCCGAUUACUUACCUCAAGUGAUAUUAAAUCCAUGGUAUCGAGUUAGUUUUGUUGCAGCCACAUGUAUUAUAUCUUAUGGUAUUGGAUUAUUUAUGGUGACUAAUGGCGGUAUGUACAUAUUUCAAUUAUUUGAUUAUUAUUCGGGUAGUCGUAUAAUUUUAUGUGUUACAUUUUUGGAAUGUAUCGUGAUUGGCUACAUAUAUGGAUGGAGACGGUUUGCAAAUGAUAUGAAGUCAAUGUAUGGCUUUUCACUUAAAUGGUUUUGUUGUUUAUACCUAUGCAUUAUUACUCCAUUGUUUACAUUUGUUCUGUUUAUCUUCAGUGUAAUUGUAUACGAAGAACUCACAUAUAUGCGAGCUGUCAAACCUGAACCAUAUCACUUUCCGAAGUGGUCUGUGAUAUUAGGUUGGAUGAUGGCCAGUUCAAGUUUGUUCUUCAUUCCAGGUGUCAUGGUGGCAGAGGUUAUAAGAACACCGGGAACAUUUCUAGAAAGAAUAAAAUACCUGUGUACACCUCGUCUUACUCAGCAUCGUUGUUCUUUAACCAGUCCAACUUUAAUUGACCCCGAAAAUUCGGAGAUUCCAGAAAAUAAUCCCAAUGAUCAUUAUGAAGUGAAUUCAUGUACAACAGAAGAGCAAAACAUUGAAGAGGAUAAUUCAGGGAAAACAAAGAAAAAAUUCAAAGUUAGAAAUUUCUGUAGAUCGUGUAUUCGAUAGGAAAUGAAAAUGUUUUUUUUAGCAGAAAUAAUAAUAAUGAAUAAUAAUAACAAUAACAGAUGAAGAAGUUCGCAUUCAAUAUGAUUUACAAUUUUUUCAGAUUUUUCAAUUUAUGUAUAUGUCAUCAUUGAUUUUCCUGUUAUUUUUAAUGAAAAACAAUCAUAAUUGCAUAUACAUGCAGUAUCUAAGUGUGUUUAUGUAUACACCAUAAUAUGUGCAUUCCUUAAUAAUCAUGAUUAAUGUUCACUUUCUUCACCCUUUACUAUUGUGCAUCAAAGGUAUUUCCUUAUGCUCUUCUCAAUUGAAGUUUGUUUCACAGGUUGAAAUUAUGAGUCAAUGGUGGUCUAGCUUCAACUGAUUCAUGAUUUCAACCUGUGAAAUUUACUAAAAUCUCCACAAAGCUCAUUCUGAAGUUUAUUUGUCAAGAUAAAUAUUCAUUCACAUUAGGAUAGAAAAAUGUAGAAGCUUGAAGUGAAUUCAAUCACCUGAAAAAAACACAUGAAAGUUAAGGAAAUUACUUGAUCAAUUAAUAAUGAAUUAUUUUUGUUGUCUUUCCAUUACAAUUCCACUUUCUAUCUCCCUUCCUCUAUGUAUCUCUGUUAUUUCUUCCUAACUCCCUCCCUCCUUCCCCCCUCUCUCUAUUUUUAAUUCAAUUCAUGAAUUCAUAUGGGGAAAAAUGAAUCAUAAAAUGGAAUUAGCGCUCUUAUGUAAUUGUAAUAUUGAUUCAUUAUUUUAAUCCUCAUGUUUUGUACGUUAUUAUGUAAUAGUUUUUUUUUGUAAUUUUCAUCUUAGUUAUUUCAGACUAAUAUUUCUUCUUUUCUAAUAGAUAUUUGCCAUGUUUUUCUUUUCCAUGAUUUUUUUUCUCCUUAAUAUUAUUUUACUCAUCAAAAUUAGUUUAAUUACAUAAAUACAUAUUCUCUCUUUGUAGUUAGUAACUAACUCAACAAUUUUAUAUCAUUAUCUCAUAAUCACUAGCGUUUUAUGUAAUUACAUUAUUGAAGAAACAAAAUGACCUACACAAUAAAACAGAUGUUCAUUUAUC